UCUGCGUGACGAACCAGGAAGUAAAGGUAAACAACGCCAAAAAGGAACACAGGAAAAUGUUACGUCGUGUCACUCACCCGUUCUCAUUUGGAAUCCGCGAUGUUUUGUGAAUCAUAACGCAUGAAGGUCUUCCAUCCCGAUAAGAACAGGCAUCCGGCUGGAGACGGGCUGGAAACCGGUAAGACCCCCACCACCCCCCCUCCUCCCCGUUGAACUGAGAGGACUCGGGCGCGGCAGCCGCUAAAUGAUGCUAGCUUGAUAAGAGUGAGCCAUGUUAGCCAUCAGAUCGUCCGAGGAGGAGUCCACGGAGAUGGAGGAGAUGGACACCUCGGAUCCCAAGUGGUGCUGGUUCUACUUGGCCGAGUGUGGGGUUUGGCACAUGUUUGAGAUUGAUCCCAGUGCAGCCUGCUCUGUGACCAGUGCUCAGAUUGAGCAGUGCUACGGCAGAAACCAACGAGGUGUCAUGGAGUUCUACACAGCCAAGUACACCUACAGACUGGACUUCUCCGUGAUGCGACAGAUAAAUGUAACGACAGGGAAGCAGCGACCGAUCAAACGCUCCCUCCAUUCCGCAACUGGCUUCAGGUUUAUAUGUGAUAAUCUUGCCUUGCCUGUGCCAUGCCAUUGGGAGAGAAUAAAUACUGAUGAGCCCUAUCAGCUUGUCCAGCUCGGGCGAGACACGUAUGAGUUUAAAGAAGUGGCCAGACUGUACGAUAGGACAAUGGAUCAUCCCAUCAAAUCCAUCCAGAGGAUUCAGAACCUUGACUUAUGGGAAUUCUUCUGCAGGAAGAAAACACAGUUGCGAAAAGUCAAGCGCACAUUAGACAUUGAGGAGCGAAUGCUGUUUCACGGCACGGGACACAGCAACAUACAAGCUAUAUGCACGUUUAACUUUGACUGGCGGCUGACAGGAAGCCACGGGGACGUCUAUGGCAAAGGAAGCUACUUUGCCCGGGACGCCAAAUAUUCCAGUAAAUUCUGUCACACCACGGGCAAGCACAACACCAUCCUGCAGAGGCACGGACUCGCCCCGCCAAUAUUUGCAAGUGAGCCGCCCUACAAGACCAUGUUCCUGGCCAGAGUGCUGGUCGGCGAAUACACAGUCGGCCUCCCGAUGUACUGCAGGCCGCCGUCCAAGGACGCCUGCUUCACCAACUUUUAUGACAGUUGCGUGGACGAUAUGACCAAUCCAAAGAUUUACGUCAUUUUUGACAGCAAUCAGAUUUACCCCGAGUAUCUGGUUGAGUUCUACUGAAGCCAAUCAAGAAAACGUUACUUUAUUUAUAUAUAUAUAUAUAUAUAUAUAUAUAUAAAUAAAAGGGGCUGGAUCUCAAUGAUGGGGUGACAUUUGAAGAAAAAAAGGCGGCAUACGGGACAUUUGCCUUUUCUUUCAGUCACAUCCAGUGAGUAACUGGAGCAUGGGUUGUCUCAAGUGCCUUUGGGGAAAUUGGAAAAACAAAAGACAAUAAAGACUCUGUGUGCAGUGUGCGCACUGUGCAGUACAUUCUAAGACGGGCCGACAGGAGGAAAUUGCUGACCCAAGAGCAGUCUUUAUGGCAAUAUUGUAUUAAAUGCAUACAUCUGUGCUUGCUUGUUCAAUGUCGGCGCACAGUUGUUUAAAAAUAAAUUGGGAACUUGCAGCCUGUAGGUUAUAGGUGAUGCCUCGCCAUUGGCCACACCCCCUCCUCCACGUCCACAGUGCCACGCAUGAGCUUAUUAACAAGUCAUGUAGACAUAAUUCCAAAUGACGAAACCAAAAACCUUCCCCGUUCCUGCUCAUUCAUCACAGCGACCCGUCAGUUAGUGACACCGACGUCCGCGUGCACUUAGUACAGCGUAUUAUGGAGGCACGGAUUUUUAGUUUGUUUUUAUUCGAGAAAAAAAAAAAAAAACGCUUCUACCUCUGCAUAGUUUGAACCAUGCAUCAGUGCACUUUUCCCCCUUUCCAUGAAAGGUUUUUGUAUUUGUGUCACAGUGACAUAAAGUUGCGAUGUCUCAUUCACGUGUGGUCCUUUUAGCAAUAUGUUUCUGUGUAACUUUUUUGAACCACUGACUUCUAUCUUGAAAAGGCCGGAGACGGAGGUUGGAUUUUGUAUGCGUUUGCAACCGAGUUCAUUCCAAAGCAAAACCAGAUCUGCGUCACGUUGGACUUCAACCAUCCGAGUGUGAUGUCACCACCUGCUAACAUGUUUCUUUGAGGCAAUACGCAGGUUAUCUUUGCACCUGGUGUAAAUCCAUCUUUAAAAAAAAAUGAAUGUAGCCAGCACUUGUAUAGUACUGUAAUGAAAAUGAACGACACAAUGUAAUACUGCUUCGCUGUGUGCAUUUGUUGAAUUCAUUGAAUGACUGUAUGUGUUAUUAAAAAAGGAAAAUAUCAAA